UAAAGAGACUCUUUCUUUUUUUUUUUCUUCUUUCUCUACAUCUCUCUCUCCUUUUAUUUCUUUCUUUUGUCUGCAAAUUAAUGGAAGAACAUACUCAAGAUCCCCGUGAAAUUGCGUUCUUGCACUCCGGCGAAUUUCUCCGGGGGGAUUCCGACUCAAAGGAUGAUCAACCAAACGAGUCUUCGGAGGAACAUCGUCACGAGUCGCCUAUCAAAGAAGUUGAUUUCUUCUCCGCCAAAAGUCAGCCGUACGAUGAUAUUGGCCAUGUGAGAAUGACGACUACCAUCGUUGGAUCUUCCGGUUUUAAUGAUGACUUAGUUAUGGUAAAUUCAUGGCAUGGAACAUCAAGCGAUGAUGGCGAUGACAAAACCAAAACCAAAACCCAAAUUAUUAGGCUGAAAUUGGAGCUAGCGAGGCUCCACGAGGAGAAUUACAAACUGAAGCAUUUAUUAGAUGAGAUCAGUGAGAGUUAUAACAACCUCCAAAGAAGAGUUUUGUUGGUAAGACAGACACAAGUGGAAGGUCUACAUAAACAACAUGAGGAUAUACCUCAAGCUGGUUCUUCACAAGCUCUAGAGGACAUGAACAAUGAAAUCGCAGCCACUACCUUGAAACGACGGUCACCAGACGACGUGGAUGAUCGUGAUAUGCACCAAGGACGAUCACCAAAAACUCCAAGAUUAGACCAAAACAAGAGUAAUAAUCCUGACGAGCAACAAAACCCUCAUGAUCAGCUACCCUUUCGAAAAGCUAGGGUUUCCGUCAGGGCUAGAUCUGAUGCCACCACGGUAAAUGACGGAUGUCAAUGGAGAAAAUAUGGUCAGAAAAUGGCCAAAGGAAAUCCAUGUCCUCGGGCUUACUAUCGCUGCACCAUGGCCGUUGGAUGCCCUGUUCGUAAACAGGUCCAACGAUGCGCGGAGGAUACAACUAUUUUGACCACAACAUACGAAGGAAACCAUAACCAUCCUCUUCCACCGUCAGCAACCGCCAUGGCCGCCACCACCUCGGCUGCAGCCGCAAUGCUCUUAUCUGGCUCCACCACAAGCAACCUGCACCAAACACUCUCUAGCCCCUCGGCCACGUCAUCAUCUUCCUUCUACAAUAACUUCCCAUACACCUCCACAAUCGCCACACUCUCCGCCUCCGCUCCUUUUCCCACCAUAACCUUAGACCUCACCAACCCGCCUCGACCACUACAACCACCGCCGCAGUUUCUGAGCCAGUAUGGUCCCGCCGCGUUUUUACCAAACGCUAAUCAAAUUAGGUCAAUCAAUAAUAAUAACAAUCCGCAGUUAUUAUUACCUAAUCUGUUGGGUCCACAAGCACUACCACGUGACAUGGUCGAUUCAGUUAGGGCUGCGAUUGCCAUGGAUCCGAAUUUCACGGCGGCGCUUGCGGCUGCGAUCUCAAACAUUAUCGGAGGUGGUAAUAACGACAAUAAUAAUAAUAAUGAUAUUAUUAAUGAUAACAAGGUUGAUGCGAAAAGUGGAGGUAGUAGUAAUGGAGAUUCGCCACAGCUUCCUCAGUCUUGCACCACUUUCUCUACAAACUAAUUUAGUAUCAUUAUUAAAUUAUGUUAUCUUAUAUUUAUUGUUAUUACUACACACAUAUUAUAAUGCGUAUCAUAUGUUUUCUGGUGUACAUUAUAUACAAAUGGAUAUGGAGAGAGAGAGAGAGAGCUCUUAUAGGUUUUUUUUGAUAGGACUAUAUUUCGGCUACUGUUUAUUUUUUGUUUUGUUUUUCAUAUAUGUUGAAAGAAUGACACCGAUCGAUCUGUAUCUGCAUCUAUAUAUGUAUGUAUCUUAAAUAUUUUAUGUUAAAAAA